UCCCAGACCGAGUGAGUCAUGGGAGCGUUCAGUCCUGUCCAAGUUCAUUACGCCGCGAGUGUACUUCAACAGCUGCCACAAUGGACAACACCCCACUAGAAGAAGAAAACACCAGAGAAACAACCAUACAACGCCUACGAGAAUUUUCCUACUACUUAACCGAAAACAUCGAGAAGAACCUCACCUUUUGCCUAACCCUCCUCGAAGAUCGCCCCAACACGAAAAAACCCAACAGUACCUCUGUAACGGCCAUAAGUACCAUAGCAACCCCCAUCCCAUACAUCGGCAAAGGCAUCAGUUCAGCCCUCAAAGAAGGCGAGAUCUACAUCCUCAACAAAAUCGACAACAACAAUUCCCGAACCGUGGCAGAUUUAGUAUACUAUUUCAGCGAUAACAAAGAAAGCAUGAGACAACUACUGAUAGAAUCUUCAGCUGAUGUUUUCUACUGCUUCGAACAACAAUUCACCAAGAUAACUUGCGAAGGAGGGCCUCGACGUGCCAUGCAGAAAUUAGCUAAAGACGCAGCAAAUCGAAUUUUUACUCACUUUUUGAAGAACAAGCAAACUAAAAACGUCAGCAGAGACGAUUUCAGUAAGGGUGUGAUGUUUGGCGACUCCGUCAAAAACAAAUUCGGAGUGAGAACGGGAAAAACGGUCAAAAACGACGAAACAGAAUGGAAGACGUCCAGUAUUUAUAAAAAAGUUGGUUUAUUCUUCGACGGAACGAACGAAUUUUUUGGGAAUGAAGACACCAAGAGUAAAAAGUAUGGCUACAGAAGGAUUUUCGCAUGGGAAAACGCUGACGAGAUCCGUGAGAAAUGGUCACACGAAAGCUCACAGACACCGGAGUAUUAUUUGAAUAAGGAAGAACUGCCACAGUUGGUUGCAGACAUUAAAGAGUACGUGAUGAGUAAAACCGCAACGGAGGAAGCAAUGUUGGAUCGCGAGAAAAAGCACGAAGAAGUGAUGGACGAUCAGCGGAAGAAACACGAGGAAGUGGUGGCCACAUUUGUGGAAAAGUUUAGGGAAGUGAUUGAAGAUUUGAGAAGGAAUUACGAAGAAAUCAAGGCUGGUCGUGAACAGAGCGAAGUUAUCGUGACCAUAAUCAAAGAAGAGAGAACAGUUCAAGAAGAAAGGCACCAAGAAAUCGCGACUAAACUUUCAGAAAUACAUACAGGGGUGGUAGAAACGAGGGAAGGGCAAGUGGUCUUGACCCAAACUACAGAAAAUAUUCGAAACGAUGUCUGCGAAAUCAAGACGAAACAAGAAGAGUUUUCUAGCACUGCUGUUGAAGUUAGAGAGGCGAUUCAGCAAGUUUCUGAACAGAAAAAUCCUUCACUGGGUGAUUUGGUAAGGGACAAUUAUGAAGUGAAGAAAAUGACCAGAGUGGUGAACAAAGUUAAAGAAAGCAUCAGCAACGCGGAACCAAAAGUACGAAGAGAAGUCAAAAAAGGUCUCAAGAAACUUUUUCGGUGACGACAUUUAGCGCGUUUGUGAUUUCUCCAUUAUUGUUCCAUUCGUAUCUAAAUAAAGUUUAUAGAAACAUUA